AUGUCUCGUCCAACAUCAACAACAUUAAAUAAACUAACAGAAUAUGAUAAAUUACAACAAAUCUUAGAUAAAGUACGUGAUUUAAAACAAUCAUUAGCUAAUAUUUUUGCAGAAUAUGAACAUGGACAACCAUCAUGGCCAACAAUUCUUGAUGAAAUGAAUGUUUUAUCAUCACAAAUAACAACAUUACGUGCAUCAAUUCGUCAAAUGUUACCAUUAUUACGUACAAAUUCAAUUAUACCAAUGUGUUUAUCACCUGAAAAUGAUCCUAAUAUUGAACAAUUAACUGAAAGACGUUUAUCAAUAUUUAAUCAUGAUUUUAUGCCACAAUUAUUACGUACAAAAAAUUUACCUGAAAUUGAAGAACGUGAACGUGUAUUAAAUAUAAAUUCAAAUAUGAAUAAUAAUAUAUCAUUUGGUCGUACAAUAACAACACCAAAUGAAAUACAAAUACGUGUACAAGAAUUAAAUUCAUUAUUAAUGAAAAUAAGUGAAUUAUUUCAACAUACAAAAGAUAUGACAGAUAAAAGUGAAAAAUUAUUUGAUAAACAAACAUUUACAAAUCCAUUAGAAACAAAACGUUUAUUAGAAGCUAUGAAUUAUGGUAUUGGUCUUAAAGCACCUGAUACAUCAUCAUCAUCAUCAUCACCAAUAACAACAAAUGAACAAACAAAUUUAAAUCAACAAAUAUCAACACAACCACGUGUAUUAGCACCACCUGUUAGAAUAAGAACAUUACCAAAACCAAAUCGAUAA